AUGGCCCUCAAAAAAGCAGGUGUUCUCGGCGCUACCGGCUCUGUCGGCCAGCGCUUCAUUCUUUUGUUGCAAAACCACCCCGACUUCGAAAUCCAUGCCUUGGGUGCCUCUCCAAGAUCCGCUGGCAAGGCCUACAAAGACGCCGUCACCUGGAAACAGACCGCUCUCAUGCCAGACUCCGCCAAGGAGGUCGUGGUCCAGGAGUGUAAGCCCGAGGGCAACUUCCUUGAGUGUGACGUUGUGUUUUCUGGUUUGGACGCCGACUACGCUGGCGAAAUCGAAAAGGCUUUCGUCGAGGCAGGCUUGGCUGUGAUCUCCAAUGCCAAGAACUACCGUCGUGAGGCUGACGUGCCUUUGGUGGUGCCAAUUGUCAACCCAGAGCACUUGUCUGUGGUUGAGAACAGAGUCAAAGAGGCCGUCGCCAAGGGCGAGAAGAAGCCUGGUUUCUUGGUGUGCAUCUCCAACUGCUCCACCGCCGGCUUGGUGGCUCCAUUCAAGCCAUUGGUCGAAAAAUUCGGCCCCAUUGACGCCGUCACCGCCACCACCUUGCAGGCCAUCUCCGGCGCCGGUUUCUCCCCUGGUGUCUCCGGUAUCGACAUCUUGGACAACAUCGUGCCCUACAUCGGCGGCGAAGAGGACAAGCUCGAGUGGGAGACCCGUAAGAUCUUGGGUAACAUCUCCGCGGACGGCAAGACCUUCGAGCCCUUGCCAUUCGAGGACAUGAAGGUCUCCGCCCAGUGUACUCGUGUUGCUGUCAGCGACGGCCACACUGCAUGUGUCUCCUUCAGAUUUAAGAACAGACCUGCCCCUUCUGUCGAUGAGGUCAAGGCUGCCUUGAGAGACUAUGUCUGUGAUGCCUCCAAGUUGGGCUGCUCGUCUGCCCCCAAGCAAACCAUCCAUGUGUUGGAGGAAAACAACAGACCACAGCCUAGAUUGGACAGGGACAGAGAUGCCGGCUACGGUGUUUCUGUUGGCCGUGUCAGAGAAGAUCCCUUGUUGGACUUCAAGAUGGUUGUGUUGUCGCACAACACCAUCAUUGGUGCCGCCGGCUCUGGUAUUUUGAUUGCCGAGAUCUUGAAGGCCAAGAACGUUAUCUAA